AUGCUUACAAAUUCUAGAGAUUGCAGAGUAUUUGGCUAUUCUGAUGAUAAUCUAAACCGCCAUUUCAUCCGCCGCGUCUCGAACCCAAACUGGAGGAUGAAGAAACGACGGGGAAUGGCUACUUCCAGGAGAUGUGCCCUUCUUGAUUCUCGCCAGAAUUGGGAUUCCCAUCUUCUUUUCGCUUCCUCUUCUCCUUCAAAUUAUCCUGAAGGAUGGUCUCACUCCAGAAUUGUGCGGUCAAAGAUGCUCUUGUCCAGUUUGGAUCCAAAUCCUAUUGAGUCACACAAGCGGCUAAUUAUAUCAAAGAAUGUUGUCAUGCUUACUGGUAGAGCUGCUGAUUGUUUGAGAAUCGCUUUAAGAGAUUAUAAUCUGAAGUUUACCAUGAUUCUUAGUGAUCCUAAUUUAGCAUCCUUUCCCGCUUUAUCCGAGUUUAAGGAGUUGCAAGAAGAGGCUAGGUUAAGCGGGGAAGAUAUUGGCGAUAGUUUCCGAGCACUGUCUCAUGCCGCAGCCGCAGGUAUCUCGACGUUCUUCACCGUACCAAGAUUGAUUGAGGAAAUGCUGCAAUUAACGCUGGAGCUGAGUCAUUGA